AUGUGCACUCAUCUAAAUUUCUCAAACAACAAUAAUGUUAUGAUGUAUCUCAAAUUAAGAGAAGAAGGAUGCCAAAAGGAUACUGCUAGAAAAUUUUGUCGAAAAUAGUUCUGUCAAGUAGUCUAAUAUUAUAUUAGAUCGAUUAAACAUAAUCAACUAUUGGACCUCCUGGACAUAAAAUACUUAAAAUACAACCAGAUCGAUUACUUGGUCAAAAAGGAUGGUAGCCUGGUUUUCUAAUGAAAUAUGAUUUAGGUGUUGGUUAUAAAGAUUCUGCUGGUAAUAUUUAUAAUUGAUACAGAUCUCAACGAAAAAUUUACUACCGCUGAAUUAGCCAUACUUAAAUAAUACAAAUAAUAUGAAAAAAAAAAGAAUGCUGCACUUUUACAAAAAAUGCUUGCAGUUAAAAGUUAUGCUGAUUCACUUAGACCUCCAAAAUUAGAUGUCUUUAGUUAGAGUUAUCUCUAAAGAGUAAAAUAAAUUUCUUAAGAAUUAAGGGAAGGUUAAUCUAAACCUAAAAAAUAUUUUGAAUUUGGAGAUAUGAAAUUCUAUGCACUUGUUGAUUAUAUUAAUAGAUUAGGAUAAAAUAAAGAUACAAUAAAUCUUAAAUUUGAUCCAAUCUUAUUAGAAGAAAUCAAAUUUUAAACUGAAAAUACAUAAAAAAUUAAUACUGGUAGAGUAUUUCGUAGAAUGGGAACCAUAAGUAACAUUGAAAGAGAAGCAAAUUUUAUUAUGGCUUUAUAGUAAUAAACUCCAUUAGGAGAAGAUAUGGAAAAAGCAAAAUAAAAACCAGAAGUAGUUUCACUUUUAAAACUUAAUCAUCAAAAAAUUGAUCUUGCAGAAGAAUUCAAUUCAACUUAAUAUUUAUUUACUCCAACAAAUUCUUAAACUUUAUAACCAUCUUUAAUUAAUGAUGAUGCUGCCAAAACCUUUGUAAAAUAGUUUUAUUAGAAAUAAUUUGAUCAAAAACUCAAUGCUAUAUCCUCAUUUAAUGGAAAUAUUAGAGUCAGAACUUAAACUAAUAGUGAAUUUAAAAAAACACCUAGACAACCUACAAACAAGGUUAAAACAUCAAGUAUAUGA